CCCUCCACCACGAUAAGGUAGCGAUUCAAGGAGGGGUCUUCAUUUCAUGAUGUAUCAAAUGUUUUCAACUGGUGAAUGGUCUAGUCUGCAGCAAGGCAAGUUCAGCAUCCAGACUCUUCCAUAAUGAAGCUGUGAUGUGAUAGAUGCAAUAUGGGGUUCAGCACUGUCUUGCUGAAAUAUGUAAGUCCUUCUCUGAAAAAGAUAUCAUCUGGAUGAGAGCAUGUGUUGCUCUAAAACCAAACUGUAUUUAUGUAUAUUUACAUCUGAGAAACUCUGGCUCUCUAACAUACUCUGUUUAUACCCAGUCAUGGUACUGACAAGCUGCAGUUGUUGAGGCAUUUCUUCCAAAAUCAGUGAAGUUGAACUAAACUGGUCAUGCAAAGAGAAAAUGUGAAUAAUUAUAUAAAUAGUACCAUACAACUACAGGGAGGCAUCACCAAUAUAAAAAAAACAAACAAAGAAGGAAUUAUACAUUAAACGCCAUUAUUACACCAUCAUUUUACUUUUUAAUCAGUUAUCUUUUACUUCUUGAUCAAAUGCAGUAUGACUAUGGUGGCUGGAUGCCCAACACUCCCAUCUCCCUGCAACUCCCGCCACCGACCACAAAAGGGACGACAAGCGAGGCCACAAUGUUGGCGACCUUCCCUGACGUCAAUGUAACAGUUCAGGGCAUGGCCACCAUGUGGUUACUCAGCAAGCAGUCCAGUGACUUUGUCCCUCUUGGCCAGUACCCGGAGGAGCAUUUCAUUGAGGAAAUUCCUUGCAAAAUACUAAAGGAUUUUCAGAUGGAGCUUGAAGAUUUAAGUUUAGUUAUUAAAGCCAGAAACAAGCGUUUAGAAGUGCCAUACACCUACAUGGAUCCGGCAGAGUUAGAAAACAGUGUGGCCAUUUAAAUAUUAGAAGACUCAGCUGUGAAAUAAAAUUCAGUUCCCUCUUCAAACAACAGCAGGGAAAGACCUCUAAGUUCUGACUUUUACUGAUGAAAUAGAACAAAGAACUUACUACUUAUAAUCACUAUAUACUAAACUGUAAUUUUUUUCAUCUGUGUUAAAAUGUGAUUCUUUUUUUGCAUUACAAUCUUGAAUCAUCUGAUUUGAAAUGCAAAACUGUUUGAUUUUUGGGGGUGUCUGUUUUGAGACAGUUGAUCUCCUGAUCAUGAUGUAUUUUCUUCUUAGAAAACAUUUACUGCAUUUCAUUGUUUAUAUUUUCAUUAUUUUAAUGUUUCAAUUUUCUUGAGCUAAACCCAAACAGCUUUUUGAUGAGUUAGACAACAUGAACACCCUAAACUUCGCCUGAGACUGCUACUUCAUCUCGGCCACCAAUGUGCACUUGGUUUCUUUGUUUCUUUGCUGAAACCUGAUUGUAUUUUAGCAUCAUAUUCUAAAUUAUCAGUUCUCUAAAGCCUCAUUUAAUGCAUGGCACAGAUUAAACACACAUGGCUCACAGAUAUUAA